UUUUUCUCUCUCUCUCUUGUUUUUAUAUAUACAUAUAUAUACACACUAUACCCUCAAUUUAUAUAUAUACAUUAUGAUGGACGAUCAAAGUAUCUUAAGUAUGGAAGAUAGUAUGAUGCAAACAACUAAACAUCAACCUGUGUUUCGAAUCAUUAUUUGCGGUGAUUCUGGCAUUGGUAAAUCAGCACUUGUUCAAGCAUUGACAUCUACUGAAAUAGGUGGCAAUAUAUCACUUGAACCCAUUGAGACUUAUGCCAAUAAUUUAUGCGUGAUUGACACAUGUGGAUAUGGUGCCAUGUUAAGAGCUGAAGUUGUGUUCCAUCAUGUCAAAUCAUACAUUGAAGCACAAUUUGAAAAGACAAACCAGUUAUUGAACCCAGUGGUCAAAGAAGAAGAUCGUUUGAUGUCUGUACUACAAGCAGCAAGCCAUUGCUUUACGCAUGUCGAUAUUUGCCUUUACCUUAUCAUGGGUCGACUUAAGCCAGUAGAUAUAGAAUAUAUGCGUACGAUUCAUGAUGUAGUGAAUAUUGUGCCUGUGAUCAUCCAAACUGAUCUCACCUUACGCCCUGAACAGAUGACAAAACAACAAACACAAGUACUUGAUUAUCUAGAAACAAACCAUAUCAAGCAUUUUAAGAAAUUGUUUGUUUUGGACUGGUCAAGUACUUCCCGCUCAUUUCACGGGGUGCUAUCCCUAAGGCAGCACUUGUUGCAACAGCAUCAACAUCUCUUAAGAGAAGCAACACUGCAGAAAUUUAUUGUCUGGAAAAGACAACAGGCUUCUCUUAUAAGUUUAUCCGUCUCCUCCUCUACUUGUUCUUCUUCUUGUUCAAACCAUAGUCUACAGGAAAAGAACAAGAUUCGAAUAUCUCAAUAUGUUUCCGAUAGACGCCAUAGUAUGGAAAAGGAACUCUUGAUUCAGGAAAAGAAGUUGAGACAAGAGUUUGAGACAGCAUCAAGGCAGAAAAAGAUGGAGUUUAUUUUAAGAGAAGCAAAUCAACUACUUGUGGCAGAAAACGAGGCGCAAUUUACAACAAGAGAGAGUCCCAUGACUAUCCUUUCUUUGUCUCUUUUGUUGCUAUUGCUGGUUUCAAUUAUUUGCUAUCAAAACAGGCAUUUUUUCUUUACUUUUUCUUUGCCUAAAAUAAAUGUCAUAUGAUAUAUGAGUUCUGAAUCUUGCAUUGGCGGGUAGUCUCCUUAAAAAAAAAAAAGAAAAAAAGUCUGAGUUUGAAUGGUUAUUAUGC